GUUCUUAUCAAUGAUGUUAUCAGUGGAUCGUUCAGGGUCAUCACUUGUUCAAAGUACGAAAAUAAACAAACAUACUGAUGCAAAAAAUAUAAAUAAAUUUAUAAUUUAAUUUGUUGAAGUUGUGAUUGUCAACAUGAUUCCGCGCAAUAGAGUUCUCGAUUUGUUAAGGACUAUCAACUCGGCUGCCUGCCAAUGUCCAGCACAUGGUUACAGAGGAAAUAUCCAGGUGUCUAAUGUUACACCAUUAAAGGAUUAUGCUUUUGAGAUAAAAUGUUCCACUGUAAGAUAUGGAUUAGGUGUAACAAGAGAGGUUGGUCUAGACCUUGUGAAUCUUGGAGCAAAAAAUGUCUGUGUUAUGACAGAUCCCAAUCUUGUAUCAUUGAACCCUGUAAAGGCUGUGCUGAACUCCCUCACUAAAAAUGGUAUAAACUAUAAGGUUUAUGACAAAGUUAGGGUGGAACCAACAGAUUCAAGCUUUAAAGAUGCAACACGGUUUGUCAAAGAAGGUCAGUUUGACAGCUUUGUGGCUGUUGGUGGGGGCUCAGUUAUGGAUACAUGCAAGGCUGCCAACUUAUACUACUGUGAUCCAGAUGCUGACUUUUUAGACUAUGUAAAUGCACCUGUUGGCAAAGGAAAGCCUGUUGAUGUCACUUUGAAGCCAAUGAUUGCAAUACCAACAACAAGUGGAACUGGUAGUGAAACGACAGGAGCCGCUAUAUUUGACUUCGAAGAUAUUCACACCAAGACUGGCAUCUCUCACGCAGCUCUGCGCCCUCUCCUAGCCAUCAUAGACCCACUUCACACUCUAAGUUUGCCAGAGAAGGUCUCCAAUUAUGCGGGCUUCGACAUAUUUUGCCAUGCUCUGGAGAGUUUUACUGCCAUUCCGUAUACGGAGAGAGGGCCUGCGCCGUCCAACCCGGCUUUGCGACCAGCUUAUCAAGGAAGCAAUCCAAUAUCGGACGUAUGGGCGCGAUUUUGUUUACAUACUCUCCAGAAAUACUUUACCCGCGCUGUAUACAACGCCGAUGACAUCGAAGCACGGUCAUACAUGCAUUUGGCGGCGACUAUGGCCGGCGUGGGCAUAGGCAACGCAGGGGUCCACUUGUGUCAUGGGCUAGCUUAUCCUAUUGCUGGAAAUGUGAAAUCGUUCGUGCCUAAGGACUAUGGCAAAGACCCGAUCAUACCCCACGGAUUGUCAGUGGUAAUGACAGCGCCUGCUGUGUUUCGGUAUACCGCGUCAAGUGACCCUGAUAAGCAUUUAGAAGCUGCUGGCCUCUUAGGAGCUGAAGUCACUGGCAAGAAGAAGGCAGACGCCGGCGAAAUAUUGUCCGAUACGAUAUUGAAGUACAUGGACACCAUGAAGAUUGAAAAUGGAUUGAGUAGCCUUGGAUACACAUCGGAAGACAUUCCGAAGCUGGUGAAAGGUGCUCUGCCUCAGCAACGCUUGUUGAAAAUGUCGCCAUUGCAACAAUCUGAAGAAGAUUUGUCUAAAAUGUUAGAAGACUCUUUGACUAUCUUCUGAUUUUACUGUAUGGAACUCAUGAAGAGAUACAAAUGUUUAAAUUAUACUUCUUAUACGAAGCAACUAUUUGCAUAUUUUAUAAGUAUUUUUUUUAUAUAAACGUGCCAUAAUAUGACUGUAUCUACUUUCACACCAGUUCCGUUCAGGGGCAGGCAGAGAAAACCGCGUAUCUCUCUACUUAUAUCAAAAAAUAAUAUAUAUAUAUAUAUAUAUAUAUAUAUAUAUAUAUAUAUAUAUAUAUAUAUAUAUAUAUAUAUAUAUAUUAUUUUGAUCGAAUUAAUAAGUCUCUAUUCUUUGCGUGCGCACCUUCGUUAACUACGUGCUUCGUUAUAAACUGAUGUAAUUACGAAUUAAAUUUCAAUUUAAGACUUGAUAAUAUACUAGUAUAUAUUGUAAUUUAAUAUAUAAAAUAAUGAAAAUAUUUUUUUUUAUAUUCUGUUACUAUCAUAUAAAUUUACAUUAUAAUAGUUAUCAAUGUACUGUUUUUAUAAUGGAAAUAAAUAUAUUUUAUAAAUAA